AGGAACGUUAAAUUCCUCUGCUGGCUGGGGAAAAAGCCAUGUGCAGAACGCCCGCGGCCAGGUGAAUCGCAGGUACAAGCGACCCGCCCUGCCCCUGCGCGGUGACCCCGGAGCUACAAAUAACGGAGGGAGAGGCCAAGCGCGCCUCUUCCCUCGCGAGUUGUUUCCUGAUCGCAUUCAAAAGGUCGCCCCUUUUUUGCAGUCCCGCCGGAGUGAAUUCCUCCGUGCCAUGGCGCAGAGGCCGCGUCGCGCCUUGCCAAGGGGAGGCGAGGGCGGCGUUUCUUCGGACUGAGGCCGGGCGGGGAGGGCGCACGACAGCGGCUGUUCGUCGUCGCCAUGGGCGAACCAAGGCCGAAAAGGUUCAAGAGCGGCCUGCCCUUGUGCACCGGCCACCGACAUGGCAGAGCCCCGGGCAAGCUCGUGAAGCAGAAUUUCCCGCCCGUGGUGGAAGAAGGCCUGUGCGGAGUCGCCAGCGCCUUGCUGGAAGUCUCCUACGUCUUCCAGAUGAUGGGUGAAAUCUUUGAUCUCUCUGAUAUAAGUCUACCAAAUGUUUCGAAAUUUUUCUGGGAACAGGCAAAGGAGGAGAGGGGAGCCGCAGAAGUACUGAUACAUUACCUACAUGACCGGGGAGGUCUGUACUGUACCAGAACUAUCCAGAAACCACCCAAUGUGCAUAUAAACGAUGUGGCAGCAGCUCUGGAAGUUGCCUUAAUACAGUGCAAGAUGUUGGCGGGCUAUUUUGAGGACCUUUAUGCUCUGAGCAUCAAGAACUCAGACCCCCACACAGCAAGCAUGAUUAAGAAGCAAUUUCUAGCACCCAAGAUCCAGAAGAUCAAGUUGAUGAGAGAUCUAAUUACUAAUGCUCAUAGGCUUAGGAGUGAUCAGGAUGGCAGAGGUGACCUUGAGAACUAUCUUAUAGACCGUUUACAAAAAGAACUAAGGAUUGAGCCUGACUCAGAUUCUCACUGCAGCCCCUGUACGCCACUUCAGAGAUGUGCAGGAACUGCAAAGGGGAUGCAGAGAUGUGUCCAGAGGAGUUCCCACAGCAGAAUAACAACAAAAAGCUAACAUAAUCAGAUCUACAUGGCUACCCCUCUUAGCCUCAGUGGAUAGACUUGAGAGAUGCAGAUCAAAGGUGAGAAAACAAAAGGCAUUAGAUUGCUUGAGAACAGGAGCCUCCCACUGUCUAACAGCUCGGGGAUCUUCAUACAUGACUGUAUUGACCUAGUGUAGAUGUCUAUGGAUUUACAUGAUGGUGUGAUUUGUGAAAGCAGUGUUCCUUCCCAUAAAUGGGGUUAUUGUGCAGUCACCUUUGAAUCAUUAGCGAUUUUGUUGGUUGUACUGCAGUUGAGGGCAGUGCUUUUAUGUUUUGUAAAAUGAUUACAUAACAAUCACAAACCUUGAAAUCCUGUUAUCAGCUAAUAAGAUUAGCUACUAUGCACUUCUGUCUAUGCACAAGCUGCAAGGGCUAGGUGAGGGAUACAUCAGAGUGACUUGACAAAUUUGCAUUGCAAUCUUUGCCCACAUGACUUUUGAAAGUUUCCUUGUUGGCCAUAUUUGAGGCCAGUUAUGAAAAUUAUAUAUGAAAGUUAUAUAUGAAAGUUAUAUUGCUUGCUGGAAUUUUUAUUUUUGUUUAUAUUAAGAAUUUGUGCAGCACACCUUCUGGAGCGUAAUGCACAUUCAGACGAACGGCAAUAAUAAAACAAAAUGAUCUUUUUAUAAAAUAUUCCUGUGAAAUCCUUAAUCCAAUUAGAUUUUAUUUUUUUAAUGUUUGUUCAGAGGGACUUCAUCUAUAUGAUUAAUAAAUUUCACUUUUGUAUAUAUUUCUAUGCUAGCAAAAUGAUUUUAUAUAAUCACACAGUAUAAUAUACAAGCUAUAACAUUAUUUUUCUUUGUAUUUAGAUGUUUCUAUAAGGGACUUUUAAUAUGAAUCAUUUUUAGUGCAUAUUUUAUUAUGAGUCAUUUUUACUGCAUAUACAGUAUGCUGCAGUACAAAUAAUGGUAAUGCUUAAGUUUUUUAAAUCUUCAAUAAAGUUUUUCUAUUCUGUUCUUCAA